AUGAAUCUCAAGGCCCUCUUACUCCUCGGAGCUUUUACUUUGCCUGUACUUGGUGACAGGCACCGCUUCUGCUGGUGCGGGAGUCAUCAAUCCCGAGAGCUUGACCCCUGUCUUACCGCAGCCGCUUGUGAAAAAUAUCCCCAGGACAAGUUCUUUGGCGUUCAAGGAGGCGACCCAGAAGCGCCAACAAUAUCCAAAAUGAACCACAAGUUGGGGAAGUGCUACGGCACACGAGCAUGGCCAGUCAUACCUCGGCCUUUCUUGGGUGGGAACGAAUUCGAAGACGCCUGUUUUGCUGCGGCUGCCGACACAGCGGCUAUGGAAGCUUGUGAACUUUUCCCGGGCUACAGAACAGGCAUCAAGUCAUACUGUUCCGAGGGAUUUGAUUGA